AUGAAAAUGUGGGAAGAGGGAGACCACGGAAGCUUGUAUGUUUUAAUCGGUGUUUCUGGACGACAGCCCUGCUUUUCACGCACUGUCAAUUUAACUUUAUCUCUUAAAUGCUUCACAGAACUGUUACUUAUAUUAAAAGAAAGUGUAACGCCUUGUCUUGAACAUUUAACUGUAACAUUUGAAGGUGAUAAUUCAACUGUUCGUAAUUUAGAAGAUUUUUACCAAGACAAGAACAUAUUGACUAAAUCACAUUUAGUAACAAUGAAUGUAAUGCACUUACAUACACUUACAUUAUGUGGUAGUGAUCAAAGUGAUUUUUCGAUGAACAAUGUCUUAUUAAUUAUUCGUUAUUUGAAAAUGCCCAAUCUAAAAUCAUUAACAUUAAUUCAUGUGCAGACUUCUUUAUUGAAUCAACUGAUCGAAUUUCGACAAGCUGUAGAUUCAAGUUCUCUGUGGACCUCAUUGAAAUAUUUCCGUUUCUCUUUAUGUCUGCCUAUACUAUUACGUUAUGAAUAUGAAACGACCGAGUUCGGUGACGUAGUUUUUAACACUAGCGAUUGGCUUGCAAGAGGAUGGGGCGUACGCCAUAUCGUUGAAGAACAUUUGUCUUCUACAAUAUUAGUCGUCUAUACUUAUCCAUGUGAUUUACAAAAUGAGCGUAUCUUGGUAAAUCAUCGAUUUGUUGCACGUACGAUCGAUCAUAAUCGACAAGCAAAUGUCGAACAUAUGGUAUGGUUGUGUAGAAAUAGUCAUAUUGACAGCAUUAAUUUACAUUCAUCAGAUACUGUUGAACAUAGUUUAAAAAUUCUCUCUCGUGUGUAUCAUUUAAAAUGGUAUUGGUACACGUCACCAACUGGAUUUUCUGCAUCGAACUUUAUGCAACAUAAAUCUUAUUUUCCUCUGCAUCUUCGUUCUCUACAUCUUCAAGUGAUUGAUGCUGAUGACACACAAACAGUCAUUUAUGUAAAUUUACUACGAAAUUUAAUGACAAACGCAGUUCUUCUUCAAUGUCUGGGUGUUCCGUGGAAUGUAGUGCGUGAAUUAGGUCGUUGUUGCUCUUCAACACCAUCGUAUCGUCUUACAAGUUUAUUUUUAUACUUUGAACGAUCACACCCCAUUCCUGGACAAGUACUAGCCACUUAUGAACCAGAAGAUGGUUCAAUGCUGUCUCAACU